AAGCUGUUUGUCGGCAACGUCGCCUGGGGCACCACCGACGACGAGGUCAAAGAGCUCUUUGCCCAGUACGGAGAGAUCCAAGACAUUUACUUCCCUAAGGACCCGGCGGGACGCACCAAGGGCUAUGGAUUUAUCGAGAUGGAUGAUCAAGAGGCUGAUAAGGUCAUUCAGGAGGUCAAUGGCCUCGAGUUCAACGGUAGGGAGCUCCGCAUCGAUGCCGCUAACCCUCGU